GAAAAUACAGAGAAAAAUGAACAGGGGAAAAACUAGAUUAGAUGGAAACACAGCCGAGGUUGAGAAACUUUUCCAAAAGAGGAACACGGAAAGGCAGAAGGAGGGGAUGAGGCUUUGAAGGCUCCGAGCAAUUCCCAUGUUCCCACGCGGCGAUAUCGCCAACAUCUUUCAAGAAAUAUCCAGCUAAGUCACUUCAAUAAGUUUGCUCUUUUCCUUUGCCGGCUCCCCUUUUCUAAUUAUCAGAUACAGUUUGGCUUGCAAUUGAGGGCGUAGUUCUGCUUCUGCUUCAAAUCUGCUUGGCGCAACUAAUUUGAUUAUCAGUAUCUACUUUCUUCAGUUUUUUCUAUUGAACUUGCAGAGGAUUCCAACAUCAACCAUUUCUUUUCUUCAAGUUAUGGAUCCACAAUGGGCUGACCUUCUCCUGAGUCCCAUCAUCAAUACCACAAUUUCCAAGUUGAUUUCCAAUGCUGCUGAGCAAAUCAACCUUGCUGUCGGCUGGAAGAAGGAGCUUGAAACGCUUCAGAACAAAUUGCGCAUGAUCAAGGAUGUGUUGCUGGACGCAGAGGAGAGACAGGUGCGAGACCGUGCUGUGAAGGGUUGGCUUGAGAAGCUCAGGGAUGUCGUUUUUGAGGCUGAUGAUGUGCUGGAUGAGGUUGCUUACGAAAGUGAGAAGUGCAAGGUGGAGAAUCAAAACCAAAAGCUGAAAAAUGUGCAUAAAUUCUUGACCUCCAAUCCCCUGCUAUUUCGUAGAGAGAUUGCUGAGAAGAUUAAGAAAAUUAUUGCAUCAGUGGAAGCUAUUAACAAUGAAGCCAGAGAGUUUGGACUCCAAAAUAGACUUGCUGGCACAGUGGUUUCUGAGCAUAGAAGAAACGCACAGACCCAUUCCACUAUUGGUGAUUUAUCAGAAGUUGUGGGGAGAGAGGAUGAUAUCUCCAAAAUAGUGCACCUCCUAACUGACUCAUCGAAUGGGUUACGCCUUUGUGUAUUGUCUUUAGUGGGUAUGCCGGGUCUCGGUAAAACCACUUUAGCACAAGCUGUGCGUAAUGAUGAGCGAAUCAAAAACUAUUUUGGUAAAAUAAUGUGGGUUUGUGUAUCAGAUAAUUUUGAAGUAGAGAAGAUUUUAAGAGAAAUGCUGGAGUCUCUCUCCGGAAAUUCUUGUGCAGUAAAAAAUGAAGAUACUGUGAUUCAGAAAAUAAGAGAAGCCAUGGGAGAGAACAACUUUCUUCUGGUACUGGAUGAUAUGUGGGAUGAAGAGAGUCAUGGGAAAUUUGAAGACUUGAGAAGCUGUUUGCUAGGAUUAUGUAAAAUGUCAAGGAAUAGAGUUAUUGUGACAACUCGGAAUGAAAAAGUUGCAUUGAAAAUGAGAACACUUCCUAAACACAUGCAUCAUCUUGGGAAACUACAAAUUGCUGAUUGUUGGUCUAUUAUCAAGAAGAGAGUACUUGGAGAUGCUUCUAUAACUCUAGAAUUGGAGAAAAUCGGAAGGGAUAUUGCUCAAUUAUGUGGAGGUGUGCCAUUAGUUGCAAGGGUUAUAGGAGGUAUUUUGUGUACAGAAAGGUUAGACAAAGUCACGUGGUUGUCAAUUAAAAGCAAGAUUGAGGCAUUGGGUCCACUUGAACAUGAUAUAGAAAUCAGAGGUGUGAUAAAAUUGAGUUUUGAUCACUUACCAGAGUCAGCUUUGAAGCAAUGCUUUGCAUUCUGUUCUAUUUUCCCAAAAGAUUUUGUUAUGAAAAGGAAGAUGUUGAUUCAGCUUUGGAUGGCUAAGGGAUUUCUCCAAUCUGUUGAAGAAAGUCUUAUGACAAUGGAGGAUGUCGAUGGUUUUUCUAGUGAUAUGAAGGUGGAUCUAAAAAGUUUACAAGUUUUGAGUUUUGUUGAUUCUCUUGGUACUGAAGAAUUGCCACCAUGUUUUGGCAACAUAAAGAAUCUGAGGUAUCUAGACAUUUCAGGAACUCAGAUAACAAAAUUGCCAAAGUUCAUCCCCAUGCUGUACAAAUUGCAGACAUUUAGAUUCAUGACUUGCAGAUCUCUAGAAAUGCCUCUUGAAGGAAUUGGAAGUUUAAUCAACUUGAGGCAUAUAUACUUCAGUGAUGAAGAGCAGAUGCCUGCAAACAUUGGGAAACUAAUGUGUCUUCAAACAUUGCCAAAGUUCUUUGUAGGCACAACAAAGGGACGCAAAAUUGAAGAAUUGGGCAACUUGAGAUGGCUCAGAGGAAGUUUGCAAAUCUAUAAACUUGAGCAUGUUAAGAACAGAUCAGAAGCUAUGGGAGCAAAGUUAAAUGAGAAGACAAUUUCUAAGUUGAGAUUAAGAUGGGGAAAAGAAAGCAAUCAAGAUGAAGAUGUUCUGGAAGGUCUCCAACCACACUCAGAUCUGCAACUAUUAGAAAUUGAUGGUUAUGGAGGCAAAAACUUGCCAUCAUGGAUGUCAAAGAAUGUUUUGAAUUGUGAUUUGUUUUUGCUCAAGAAUUUGGCGGAACUGAGAAUUAUGAAAUGUCAAAAGUUAAAAAGUAUUCCAGUAAUGACAGGAUUUUCAUCUCUUCAGAUGCUUUUUAUUUCAAGCUGUAUUGAAUUGAGUACCAUAGUCGAUGGAGCAUUUGCUGAAUUGGCGUCCCUUAAAGGAUUACACAUACUCAAUUGUCCUAAGUUGGAAAGGGUUUCAUGCAAUGGUUUAUUAUUCCCACAGUCACUCUUAAUUCCCGAUUGCAGAGAGUUGAAUAGCCUUUCAACCUCCACGUGUCUAAAAGUUUUACUCUUGCGUGGCUGUAAAAGUCUAAGUUCUAUUCCAAGUCUACGUGGGCUUAGUUCUCUUGAAGAGGUAAUAUUUAUAGAUUGUGGAUUAGAGCAUCUACCCAGCGGGCUAUCAUCUUGUAUUGCUCUUAAGGAGUUAAUAAUAGCCAGAUGCCAUAGCCUGAUCUCUAUUCCAGAAGAACUGAAGGAAAUACAUUCUCUGGUUGUUUUGUGGAUUCACUGGUGUUCAAAAUUGAGGAGCAUCCCAGAAAAUACCCUCAAUUCCCUUACCAGCUUGAAGACAUUGUAUAUUGGUGGUUUUUCGGAAGAGUUAGAGGAAUUUCCUGGUCUCAGUUCUAUCCACAGCCUCCAAGCCUCCCUUGAAUACUUGAAUUUGACUGGAUGGGGAAAACUAACUGAGUUUCCACAUCAAAUUCAAAAUCUAAAUCUUACUGCUCUAAAAAGCGUGUCAAUAACAGAUUUCAAGGAAGUGGAGACAUUACCGAAGUGGUUAGGAAACUUAUCCUCUCUUAAAUCACUAUCUAUUUGGGGAUGCCUUCGAUUAAAGUAUCUACCAAGUGGGUUGUCGUUCUUCACUACUCUCGAGCGGCUUACCAUAUACAGAUGUCCUAAUCUGGUCUCUGCUAAAUUAGACGAGAUCCUCGGCGGCCUUGCUUGCUUGAAGACAUUAUGGAUUGGUCCUUUCUCAGAAGAGUUGGAGGAAUUCCCAUGUCUGAGUUCCAUUCACAACCUUGGCACUUCCCUUGAAGAAUUGCGUUUGUAUGGUUGGGCAAAGCUAACUCAGUUGCCACAUCAAAUUCAACACCUCACAGGUCUAAGGCACUUGUCUAUAUGGGAUUUCCAUGGAGUAAAAGCUUUGCCAGAGUGGUUGGGAAACUUGUCAUCUCUUCAAGAUCUAUGCAUCAAGUACUGCGAGAAUCUGAAACAUCUCCCUUCUGCAGAAUCCAUUCGACGUCUCUCCGAAUUGAAAUUCCUUGAGAUUUCAGAAUGCCUAGUGUUAGAGACAAGAUGUCGCAAGGAAAGCAAUUCAGAGUGGCACAAGAUUUCUCACAUUCCAACCAUCAGAAUAAAUGGAGAGGACAUAUAAUCACAAGAUUCAAGUUUCCGAGAGGCAAAUGUGGAAAGUUGUAAAAGAUGAUCCUCAUCCAAUAAGUUAGGCAAUGGCUCGUGAAUGGUAGAAAAGUAGCUUCACCAUGGGAAACUCAUUCUGGCAUGCUUUCUAGAUUUUUUUGACUCUUAAUUACCAUUUGAAUUUGAGUGAGGUCUUACAGUAAAACUUGCUUCUUUUGAAAUGUUUUUGAUAAUACAGGAUGUUCUUGGAGGUGCUCAAUUUUGGUCAACUGGAAACACAUCUAGUAUCUCUCGUGUGUUCACUGAAGAAAAACUAUUGCAGUCAGGGUCCAUGGUGGAUAUUUGUAACAUUGUCUUGGAUGGCAUCUGCUGGAAUAGUAAGUAAUUUUAACUCGCUUCAUGCUUCAAGAGAUGGACAUACCAGGAUUAAUGCAGCAAAAGAAAAUUUAAGAGGGUUCUCUUUGGUGUAUUCUUAAGGUACUUUGGUCUUUCAGAGAAUCACUGUACAUUUGUACAAUGUUCUCUUAAAUGAGAUGCGUCCCUUUCUGGUUUCCAUGGAGUAAAGCUUUGCUAGAGUG